AUGGGCUGGUGCGUGUUGAACUGGAAGACCGACCUGAUCAAGAACCCCAGCCUCUCCGUGCCCCUGACCACCCUUGAAGCCUGCAUGAAGGAGCUACCGCUCCCGAAUUCAUUCGGAAAGCUACUGUGGAAUUGCAUGGCCGCUGAUGCCUACUUUCGUGACAUCCCAACAUCCGCGAGUGAGAUCAAGGAAAGCUUGAGCGACCUCUCAGAAUUUUUCAAGCAUUCUUUCGACGUGGCGGGUGUCAAGCAGAGGGAUGUGGAUCAAGAGGUGGUGCGCAAGCUGCAACAGCUCCAGAAGGUACCCGACUGGGUCCCGACUGUGCAAUCCAACUUGCGCGAUGCUUUCGAUCAGAAGAAACGAGAUUUGUCUUUGGACGCCAAAGACAAGGAGACAUAUCGGCAACUCACGACGAACUCCAAACUCUACGAUUUCCGGCGCCAUACCCUGUUGACGCCUCCG